AUGGCUUAUCGACCCCAAGCUAAUGGAUCCGCAGAGCGUAUGGCCCAGACAACUACCAGGGCUCUUAAGAGGUAUGUGGAGGAUCUAGAUCAACGAGAUUGGGACGAGUAUGCUGAGCGGCUCACCUUCGCGAUCAACACCGCAAGAGAUCGGGUCCGAGGUGAAACCCAUUUCUACAUUAUACAUGGUUGGGAUCCUAGAUCCACCUUGGAAGCGGUGAUCCGGGUGGGGAGCACCCGUAGGUACGAUCGAGAUCCAAGAAGGUGGCGAUAUCGGAUGCAAAAGUACUAUCAACAAGCCCGAGAACAAGUGAACCAACGUUUACGCAAAGCGAUCGCGGAUCGGGCCGACGUGCAUAAUGAUCUAUUAUGCCUAGAUCGAGUGCGUGAAGGAUAUGCAAAAAAACUGGCGCAUUUGUGGAUGGCCCAUUCUGCGUUGCUGAACAGAUCGGGGAAUACGCAGUGA